GCUUAAACCAGCUGGACCCCGAUCAGACUAUUAAACCUCAAACCCCUUAUUUGACCGGCUCAAUGACUUAAUUCGGUUUGACAACCUUGAGACAAUCCCAAGCUCCCAAAUUUCACUUCCAAAAGUCCAACAACAUAUAGUUUGACAACCUUGAGACAAUCCCAAGCUCCCGAAUUUCACUUCCAAAAGUCCAACAACAUAUACUUGUAAAUCCAUUUUUAUGAUGAAACAUCGGAUAUGUUUGAGACAAUUCUAACCCUAUAUGUAUCCAACAAAUUUAUAGGACAACAUGAUUCAAAAGUUUAAGUCUUGUUGAUGAUCGGCAAGAAAUUUUGCUCAAAAUGGUAAAUCAUAUGAAUUGAUGAACCCCAAGAGCACACCAGACCAAUCCUCAUCAUACUUUUCCAUUUGAGCAACUCUUUAGUGGUACCUCCUAACCCUGAUUCCAUUUGAUUUAUUUAAUUUAAUUUUUUUGUAAUAUCUAUGAUUAAUCUACAAUGUAUUCUUUAGCAUUAUAGUUCUAACAUUAGACAGGUCUUAAACUCAAUUAGAUUAACUUUAUAUGAUCUAAACCAUAAUUUUCAUUUUGAAUAUUAUAAAUAAAUAAGUUAUCAUUCCAAAAAUAUAGUUAUUCACAUGACAUGAACUUAUAUCAUAGAGUUAUUAAACUAUACCAAUAUAAUUCAGUUGUCUACCAUCACAACACGCGAUAAUUGCAUAUGAAAAACAUUUAUAAUGGCCAUAAAAUUUUCUAUUUGUAUGGAUACCAUUUAAAAAUAUUUUAUUUUUCAAAUUUCUCCCAAUUAAAAGCAAGUACAGAUAUUUCAAACAAAUUAACAACAAUGAUCAUUACAGAAUACUAAACCAAAUGCUUAUCAGAGAGAAAGAAAAAGAAGAAAAAAACCCCUCUCUUGGUUAUCUUUUUGUGUCUAAUCAGGUUGAAAUAAUGGUCAUCGUUAGCAGGCACCUAAUUGUGGCAUUCAGUUGUUGCCAAGGAUGGAGAACGGUAGUGACUUACUUGCAUAUGUGACUCCAUCACCAGUUCUUCUGUUGUACUAUCUAUGCCAUUUGAACAUAAGACCAAUUACCUAUCUAUUGAUUCGUCGCGUUGAAUAGUUGUUUUUGAGUGACUUGAGGAGUCCAAGAAAAUGGGAUUUCUCAGCCUUUGAUCAUGAAGAAGAAAAUGGAGCAAAGAGCCAAGUUAUCGUAUUCCAUUGCUUGGAUAAGUUAGGCCAUGGGAGCAGACAAUUCUGUUCACUAAUACCAAACUAACCAUCUUUUGUUUGCUUCUAUAUUUUUUUUUCCCGUGCCUCCUUCGUUCCGAUUUCUAGGAGCGAGCGUUGGGUGCGUCGGGUGGAUUUUGACCAUAAAACACAUUCAUCCACGAUUAAACGGAUUGAUAAAUUUUCACCCACCACCCACCCACGUUUAUUAUCGGGUUGGGUUGGUUGGAUGGUGAAUGAUGCGAGUGAGUUUGCGGGUUCACCCACAUCACAAUGUACAUAAUAUAAAGAAGUCAAUUUGACAUGAUAAUCGAUGGAGAGCGUUAUUGCUAGGGGUGGCUAUACGGUCUGGUCCGGUUAAAUUGGCCCAAAUUGAUCCGAUCCGGUCCGGUCGUUUCGAAAAUAUAAGGACCAAAGAUUGGAUUGGAUACAGUUCGGUUUUGAUAUGGUCCGGUCUUGACUCGCUCCAGUCCCAAUUCGGUCUUGAUUUUAUAUUGUGUUUGUGGGGAUUUGAGUGGCCUAAGGCCUAAAAGGGUGAGUAGUUGGUUAAGUUUUGUACUAACUACUAAGUGCAAAGGUUUGUGACCGUUUAUGCUAAUUACCCUUAAGUUUUGGGUGUUGAGCUCUCUUAUCCGGUCUUUAUCCAGUUUUUUAUCAGGUCCCGAACGGUUUUUUACCUAAAAUCUAAGCCCAAAGAUUGGAUUGGAUUGUUUACUAUCUGGUCCCGGACUGGUCUCUGUGCGGGUUAUGCGGUCCGAUUUAGGGUAAAAUCAAAAAAUCGGGACCAAAUAGCCAGCCCUAGUUAUUGUGUUGGAACAAGAAGAUGGAAUAAGAGGGAAAAUGUCGAAGCAGUAGUUAUGAAAUUGGAUACAAAUAUUAUUAUAUAGAAGUUUUUUACAUAUGGAGAUGAUUAUCAAGUGCAAGGAACUAAGAAAAAUAAUUCAACGGAGGAAAGAAAGGUGAUUUAGGCACAAGAAUCAGAGGAAAAAAGAGAAGAAGAAGAGGGGAUCGCGAUUUGGAAGAUUGGCUUUGAUAUUCAAUCUCCAAAAGCAACCCUAGUUUCCGUCUAACGUCUCCACUCUCCUCUCUCCAUCGCCAACAUUUUUUUUUGUUGUUGUUGGGUUGAACGGGUCACCCGCAACCCACCCACCACCGGGCGGCUGGCUCACAGCGAAACCCGUCCCCCACCCACAUCAAGAAAUUCGGGUCAAAUGCGGGUCGGAUAUAAUUUUUUUUUCUUUGUAUUGUAUUUAAUAUGAACAAACGAUUUUAAUCGUUUUCUUACAUACAGUUGUACACCGUAUCCUCGACUUGUUUCGACAAAUACAUGUUUCUAGUAUCGAGAAUGAUACAAAGCUGCUUAUUUACAAAAAAAAGUAACCCCAUAGUUAAAAGAAGCACAUGUAGAAGAGGUUACUAAACAUAGCAAAAGACUAAAAGACUAGGAAAUAAAGCCAGAGUCCCCCACUUCUUCUAUCUGAAAAAUCUGAAUUUUCGACGCUAGCUAGCAUGACGUAAAUUCCAACCCCUAGUGACGCUCUGCUUUCUCUAUAAAUAACCAGACCACUCCUCUCCCACAAUUAGCCAUAGCCAACCCAAACCACACGUACUAUAGUCCGCCAUUUCUCCACUUCCGUUUCUCUCUUUCUUUUCCACCACCAACAAACGCCAACUGCCCAAAGAAAAACAAAGACCAGCAACGAAAAAUGGACUUCAUCAGCGACCCAGCUCCCGCCAACACCACCGUUACGACUAUUACUCCUUCUUCUCCGGCCACCACCGCUGCCAAUUCCUCCUCUUCCUCCCCUCUCUCUUUUCCCCACCACCAAUCUUCUCCCACUCCUUCCUCCUCUUCCCCUCCUCCUGCUCAGCCGCCGCCGCCGGCGAUUGUAAGCCCCUGCGCCGCCUGCAAGAUUCUCCGCCGCCGGUGCACGGCGGAGAAAUGCGUGCUGGCUCCUUACUUCCCUCCCACCGACCCCGCCAAGUUCACCAUUGCCCACCGCGUCUUCGGCGCCAGCAACAUCAUCAAGUUCUUGCAGGAGCUUCCAGAAGAGCAGAGGGCGGACGCCGUGAGCAGCAUGGUGUACGAGGCGAGCGCAAGGAUAAGGGACCCCGUCUACGGCUCGGCGGGGGCCAUCUGCCAGCUGCAGAAGCAAGUGGGCGAGCUCCAGGCCCAGCUCGCCAAGGCCCAGGCCCAGGUCGCCACCAUGCAGUGCCAGCAGGCCAACCUCAUGGCCAUCCUCUGCGUCGAGAUGGCCCACCACCAGCCCACUUCCUCGUCGCCGUUCCCGGCCCUGCCGCCGUCGGCCGAUGACGUGGACAGUUUCAUGAUGAUCGGCAGCAACAACACGCCACAGGGCGGGAAUUCCUGCUUCAUGGAUGAGAGUAAUCAGCUGAUGGGAUAUCUGUGGGAGCCGCUCUGGACCUAGAGAUAGAGAGAGAGAGAGAUUAAUUAUAAUGAUGAUUUUGACUGAUUAGUAGUUAAUUAGACCCCCUAAAAACCUCGAUUAGUUACUAAGUAAUAAUUGGGUUUGACGGGGAUCAAAUUAUCAACCUUGUUUUUUUUUUCCCACUAUAGAUAUAUAAUAAUGAUGAUUAGGUAUACGAUAUUAUUAAUCAAAUUAAGGAGAGGAAACUGUAAGGGCAAAAAGGCCCCCACUCCCUAUCCUUGUACUGCUACUGUACUUUUUUGCUUAGUGAUUAAAUUUUUAAGCUCCAGUGGCGGGUUUACUGUUAUGAGUGUUUGAAUAAUGAUCAUGGAAAUGGAAAAGAAAAAUCUUCUUUUUUUUUUCUUCUGGUCACCUAAUAUGGAUCUCCUCAACUUUAAUUGAAGUGGAUGUUUUAAUCUCUUUUUGACUUACUUUUCAAUUGCCCACUUUACUUCCUUAAUUUGUAGUCUUAAACAAAUGCAGUAAAUGUAGACCUCAUCCAAUUCCCAUAUAAAUGGAAAUGUGUAGG